AUGUCGAGAAACAAGCGGCCAGACAAAAUAUCCGACGAAAAUGCGGACCCACAGAAAGCUUUGGAGCCACCAGUAAAAAAGCUGCGGAAAAGAAAGAAAAAGAACUUGGCGAUCAAAGCUCGACGAUUGAUCAACCGCGUGACGCACUAUCACGUGAUGAAGGAUGGCGAGGAGAGGUGGAUUCCCAUCUUCGAAGUCGAAAACUACAACGAUGUGAUCGAGUUCGAAAAGUACGUGGCGAAGAUUGCAAUUGGCUCCGAAGAGGAUCUCUUCGUGCCAGAAGCGGACAGCGUCGAGAACGCAGAUGAGCAGCUUGUUCACUCGAUUACUGACGAAACUGAUUCUUCAGAAGCUUGCUCUUCCAAAUCAACUCAAAUCGACAAAAACCAAAACCAGAAUCAAGAGAAAAUAAAACGCGAGUUACCCGACCCUCAGGAUCCGAACGACUUCAUCUAUGAAAUCCCAGACGAGGAAGAAGACGCGGAUCUGCCCGAAACAAGUUCAUCACCUGUUCCUGCUCUUCAAUGCCGCGAAUACAACGAUGCCGAAAUGCGAAAUGCAGUUAGUGAAGAAGGAACUUCUUCAAUUCAAUUAAAUGUUAGAGAUACCUUGCGAGAAGCACUUAAUUCGAAGUUCAAUUUGGAAAGUAAUCAGCCGGUAACAAAUGAUGGGAAAGAAUCAAGCAAAGUGGAACUUUCGCCGGUUGAAAAGAAGGUCAUUCGAGAAGCACUGGCAAUGCAUAAUCUUCAGUUUACAGAAACUUUUAAUGAUCAAACUGAGUCUAGCAACGAAGUAGCGGUAGCUGACAGCGAUCCAGUUAGAAUUGAGCCAUUUCAAGAAGAAACAGUGGCUGAAGCUGAUAUUGAACAAUCGGAAAUUCCCGCUGAUGAAGUUCCUGAGAUGGUGUCGGUUUCGAACGAUCAGGAAACGACAAAAGAGUCUCAUGAGGUUACUUCUGCCGGUGAAACUGCCGAGAAUAUGACGGAAGCUGAGAGAAAAGUACAAGAAAAAUCUCUAGAGGAAAAAAUCAUGGACGGCAUUGUCGACUCCGUUGUGACUGAAUCUACCAAAACAACUCUCGAAGAGCAUUUUCAGAAUUUUCCUAUCCUGCCUGAAUAUCAAGAAAUGAAUGAUCCAGAGGACAAAAAUGAUCGAGUAGCUAUUGAAACCAUGAGUCAAGAAGUUGAGGCUUUUGUCCAAGAAGAUGUGCAGAUGGAUGAAAGCGAAGAAAAACUAGACGAAAGUCCGGAGAAAAAUCACGGUUUUUUCUUACCUCAAAGUCCAGACCAAAUAGACAAGCUCUUGAAGGAGUGCAGGGCUGCAGUUGAACUGGUUCAAGCGACGAAGAAUGAAGAAGAGCGACAAUCUUCAGAGGAGCCAGAUGAUCCUCUUGCCGAGAAGCCAAAUCAUGUUGAUUGCUCCAUUAUAAAGCGAGAAGAAUGCUUGGGAAAUGAAUCUUCGCAAGAGAGAGAAACCUCACCGGAAGAAUGCGCUCCCAAAUGUACUGAAGAAGUUAAAACUGCAGGAGGAACUACGCCUGCUGAGACCCCGGUCCCAGUCUCAUCACCAAGCCCGGUGGCUCCAGUUGUUUUCAAUUUAAUGCCAAAACGUAUUUCGAAGCGUCGGAAGUCGAUUGGUAUGAGAUCUGACCAGAUGGAAAAGAAGACCUCUAUAACUGAAGUCGGAACUGAUACCAGCGUAAGCGUAAAGAGAGAAGGAUCGUCGAGAGCAUGGUCUGUACGCCCUGUGCGGGAGCCCUCUCCAGAGAGAACAAGAGAAUGGGAUCAAGGAAAAGAGCGCCGGGAUUCAAGAGAGAUCUCGUGGUUCAAGGCAGAUCAGCAAAGAAGUGAAGAAACCAGAAGAAAAGAGGAAAAACGCAGAGAACGAAGACAUGAAGAACAGAGAAGUCACGUUGAUCGACGAGAAGAGCGAGGAAAACGUCGAAGUCGGGAAGAUGCACGAAAAGAUCGAAAACAUGAGCGAGAUCACCCGCUUUUUGUCGAUGAAAGAAAAAGCCGAAGAAGCUUGAACGCAGAAGAAAGAACAAGCUCGAGAGAGCGAUCAUCUUCUGCUGAGAGCCAAUCGAAGAGGAAGAGCGAGAGAAGUCGCGAAAAACGUUCCAGCGAAAAGAAGGAAAGCGGUUGGAUAAUACCAAGUCGCUCUCCUGAGAGAUCCAGUAAGUGGGGCCGAAGUGUUUCUCCUGAGCGGCCGAGUUCGCGAUCAGGCUGGGAUAUUGAAAUUCGUCCGAGUCGGAAAGAUGAUGAUGCUGCAUGUGACAAGAAAGAAAAGCACCCUCGAGAUAUUGAUACGCGGACACGAGUCAAGAACAAGGAUGAGCCAGUUAGCAAAGAAUCGACUUUGCCUACGAAGUCAACGCUAGAAGAGCGCUUGCAUCUAAAACGAACAGCCCGACGAACAAAACUUGAGGCGAGAUUGAACCACGUUGAAGAGCUGAUCAAACGAAAGAAGCAAGAACAGGCGAAUAAUGAAAGUCCUGAUGCUAAAACAGAAAUACAAAAGAAAGAAAAAGGAAAUGAAAGCAUUCUCAAAGAUCCCAGAAUCGCGCAGCGUUUACAGACUGAGAAGGCGGCGCAAAUUGAGCAGGAAAAUCAAGAAAUAGAUUCAAUGCUAGAAGAAAAAAUGAUCUCUUCGCAAAUUAAUUUACGGGAUCCGAGAAUCCGAGCUCGGUUGCAAAAAGAAAAGGAGGCAAAGGAACGUACGGAAUUAGAGGCACAAGCAAUGGAAAGAAAACAGUCUUAUCAGGCUCUGAAACAGCUGAAGCUUACCAUAAAGAAAACAGUUCCUAAAGAUCCAAGAAAAAACGCUCAGUGGCGCAGGGAGAUUGAAAAGUCUCAGGAUAAAAAUUUUGGGAAGUGUGUAAUUCCUCAUCCUGUCGAUUUGGUCCAAAACACGAAUAAUUUCGAAAAGAGCGAAAUUUCGAAUUCUCUGGAGAAAAACGAUGUGGAAGCUGAAUCUAAAUCGGUUGAAUCUGCACCACAUACUUGGCCAGAGAAGAACCUGACAGGUGAAUCACCAUCAAAGAACACCACUCCUAAAGACCCAAGAGCGGAGCCGCAACGGAGAAGAGAGAAAGAGAAGAGCGAAAAGAAAAUAUCCGAAACUCAACUGAAGAUAGCUCGAAACUCGAACGAGGUAAAGGCGAAAGCAUCUGACGAGACAAACAUAUCAACUCAUAUCGAAGGGAAAGACCAAUCAUCGCGAGUGAGAGAAGUGAAGGUUCCUAGAAGCAUCCUCAAACGCAAAAAGUCAGUGGAUCCUGAAGCGUUGGAGGAUCAACAAGAGCUCGACCAGGCGAAACUCCCAAGCAUUCAUACCGAAACAGAAAUACAAAAGCAAAAGGUAAACCCUCCGCCGGAAACAGACUGUGGUUGGGUAAUACCGAGACACUCUCCUGAGAGAUCCAGUAAGUGGGCACGAAGUGUUUCUGUUGAGCCUCCAAUUUCGCGACCAGCCUGUGAUAUUGAAUCUCGUCCUAGUUGGAAAGAGGAUGGUGCUAAAGCAGAAAUACAAAAGCAAAAAGCAAAGUCUUCUCCUGAACCUGAAUGUGAUGCCGAUCCCUUUGGAAUUUUCUCUGCCCCAUCUUGUUCAGAUUCUUCAAAUAUCUUUACCAAUACGUCGUUCUCUACAGACAACAAAAUCAACGAAGAAAAGGAUAACACCGAUAAGAAUGAGAAAACAUCUAAAGCUCGCGACAAUGCUGCAAAUAUUGUCGACAAAAUAAUAAGCGAGAACUUUUUGACAAAGGACACAUUGAGAGAAUCUGAAGUCGCAACGGAAGGAGGACUCGAAUGCGAAGCUCCGAUUGCAGAAUCUGAAAAUAAUGAUUUCAAUGAAGAUUCGAUGCCAGUAUUGGAUGAACUUGAAUUUUUCGAUGCUGAUAUUUCUGGAAACGAUCUUACCAGCACUCUAGAAGAGAAUACUCCUUCUGAAGCUGAUCAGCCCCCACAAUUCUCAAAAGGAGCCAGAGUUAACGACGCCCCCUCAACCGUAGUACAAACCUCUGAAUCCACGCCGAACCUCAACGACAAUCGUCUCUUUCCGUCACCUCAAAAGGAUCUCAGAUCGACGCUCUGGAAUAAUGAUUAUUUGAAUGCUGAUAUAAUCAACUUUGAAGAUACUCUUCAGCCAUCUGUUAGCAGCAGUCUGGAGCCUAAAGAGGACACUCCAAGGAACACACCAUUAAUAGCAACAACAAGCCUUUUUCAAGAAGCGACGAGUGUAACAUCAUCAACUUCUCAGCACCAAAAGCUACCCGCACAGCCGCCCCUCAAAGAACCACCAAAACCUCACUCAGAGAGCGACGAUAGUUGGAGCUCAAGUAGGUCGUUCCCACGACUCCGCCCGAGAUCUAUUGAUGAAGACGAUUCACCUGCACCUUCCCCAAUCACAUAUUCUUUUGGAUCUGUCUCUCUGCGUCCAGAUCAACCAGUAGAUACUGAAGCAAACGAACAUCCAUCUGAAUCUACUCAUGCUCAACCCAUCCAGCAAAAGUCUGUUCUUGAUUGCGCUGAAGAUGGAUUAGAAAAUGAGCAUCCAUCUGCAGACAAAACUACUACAGAUAAGCAAGCAGUAAAAGUGGAAGUUAUUGAAAAGGUGAAAGUCACACGGAAAAGAUCAGGGAAGAAAGAGACGUCUAGCUCGGAAUUUGCCUCUACAUGGAAAGCUCAGAAUCGCAAACAUAUUAAAAAGGGAUCGAAGAAUUCCAAAGAGGAUAGUUCAAAAGCGGAUAAGGCAAAGAAAGAGAGAGUGGGAAUCGAGUCCUCAAAGAAAGAGAAAACUAAGAAGGAAAAGAUCUAUGUAAAAACAAAGCGAGAACCCGAUGAGUAUGAAGUCGAGAAAAUACUGAAUAAACGAGUACGACUGGGAAAAGUGGAGUACGAAGUCAAAUGGGUCGGCUACAACUCGUCCGAAAAUACAUGGGAAGAGGUCAAAAAUCUGCAAAAUUGUCCUGACUUGGUGAAAGAAUACGAGAAAAAGGAGUAG